AUGACUGAUUCGGAAACAUUUGAUGGCAAAGUGCCCAACUACUGGAGGGAGUUGAAAAACAACAGACUUUCAAAGAAUCCAACACCGGUUAAGUUUGACGAUAGAAUACUAGGCGAUGCCAAUACAACAGUCAAAUUUGACGAUUUUAUACGUCACGUAAUGGAUGUGUACGACCCCGUAUCAAAGUACCUAAAAGACGAUCUUGGCCUCUUUGAUCACUGGAUUGAGGUUUUUCAACUCUGUAAUCCCUGUGAAAUGAAAUACGACAUCAUUGGGGAGUUUGACACCAUGACAGAGGAUGCAGCAAACGUCCUGAAAUUAAUUGGGACGAAAGUGCAAUUUCCUAACUCGAAAUUCAUCAACGGCGACGGCAAAGGAUACAAGCAUGCUCGAGGCAAUACGAAAGAACUGGCUAAGUACGUCUACCAAAGACUUCCGGAAACGUACCGUGAAGUGUUGAAUGAUGUGUUUAAAGUAGAUGCAAGACUGUUUGGAUACAGACUUUAG